CUGCCCCUUACUGCAAAACAGCAAGAGAAGGAAAUCAAGGAGCCACACCUGUGAUUUACCGGAUAACCACAGCAGGGUCAAUAGACAGACCGAGUUCCCAGAAAAAAGCUGCAGGCAUCUGAGGAUAAGCCACUUCAAACAGCUUUUACCUUAAAGCCGACCUGGAAGACUUUGACUUCAAGUUACAAAGGUUGAAGGGGGUUUCUUCUGUUCGAGAGGCACCUGUUUCUGAAGAGCUGAGGAACCACCAGGGAGGGAGCAGGCCAUUAGCCAGCUCUUCUCUCCAGGGAAGAGGAGUGGGAAGACCUCAAAAUGUCCUUCUCACCCUGUUGAAAAUAAUAGGAACAAGGGACCAGGAAGGAACCUUUGUCCAGAGUGGGAUUUCGGAGUGAAAUAGAUCCUGUAUUCGGUCUUCCAGCUUUAUCCCAAUGCACAUGAAAUUCCUCUGGAGAACAGGACAUGUGCUGCUCCUCAAGUCACUUGAUGCCUCAGUGUUUUGGACACCCAGAAUAUUUGCCUCCUCUUUUCUAGUCAAUCCUGAUUCAUGAAAUGGACUAAAGCUGAAAAAUCAUCUACUUCUGUGUCUGUGAGUUUGCGACACAAUUGGGAUGGUCUUACGUGCAUACAGCUAGACUCGCUGCAGCUAUGAGUUCAGACGAGAAGGGCAUCUCCCCUGCUCAUAAAACGUCCACUCCAACCCAUAGAAGUGCCUCCUCUUCAACGUCCUCCCAAAGGGAGAGUCGGCAGAGUCUCCAUGUCCUGGAGAGGACUGCUUCCUCUAGCACCGAGCCCUCCGUGAGUCGGCAGUUGCUAGAACCAGAGCCAGUCCCCCUGUCUAAGGAAGCUGACAGCUGGGAAAUUAUAGAAGGGCUGAAAAUAGGCCAAACCAAUGUCCAGAGACCAGACAAACAUGAAGGCUUUAUGCUGAAGAAAAGAAAAUGGCCUUUAAAAGGCUGGCACAAGCGUUUUUUUGUCCUGGAUAAUGGAAUGUUAAAGUAUUCAAAGGCACCACUCGAUAUUCAAAAAGGGAAGGUCCAUGGGAGCAUUGAUGUCGGGCUCUCGGUCAUGUCAAUUAAAAAGAAAGCUCGGAGAAUAGAUCUUGACACAGAAGAGCACAUCUAUCAUUUGAAGGUGAAAUCCCAGGACUGGUUUGAUGCCUGGGUCUCCAAAUUGCGCCAUCAUCGAUUGUAUCGGCAGAAUGAAAUUGUGAGAUCACCAAGAGAUGCUAGUUUUCACAUAUUUCCUUCAACCUCCACAGCUGAAUCCUCACCAGCUGCUAAUGUUUCCACUGUGGAUGGAAAGGUGCAACCAAACAGCUUUCCCUGGCAGUCCCCUUUGCCAUGCAGCAACAGCCUCCCUGCAACCUGCACCACCGGCCAGAGUAAAGUGGCAGCCUGGUUACAGGACUCAGAAGAAAUGGACAGGUGUGCGGAAGAUCUUGCACACUGCCAGUCAAACCUUGUGGAACUUAGCAAACUCCUGCAAAAUUUGGAAAUACUUCAGAGAACUCAGUCAGCACCUAAUUUUACUGACAUGCAGGCUAACUGUGUAGAUAUUUCAAAGAAAGACAAGCGGGUCACAAGACGAUGGAGAACAAAAAGUGUCAGCAAAGAUACAAAAAUACAACUGCAGGAAGGGCCAUCUGCGAAGGGCCAGUUCAGCACCAGUCGGCGCCGGCAGAGGCUAGCGGCAGCAGUGGCUACAACAGUUCCUUUCAGUGCUACCAUGUCACCAGUCCGCUUGCAUUCCUCCAACCCCAACCUUUGUGCAGAUAUUGAAUUUCAGACUCCCCCUAGCCACCUCACUGACCCUCUGGAAAGUUCAACGGAUUAUACAAAGCUUCAAGAAGAAUUUUGUCUAAUUGCACAGAAAGUGCAUUCUCUUUUGAAGUCUGCAUUUAAUAGCAUAGCUAUAGAGAAGGAGAAGCUUAAGCAGAUGGUUUCUGAGCAGGAUCACAAUAAAGGCCACAGCACACAGAUGGCUCGGCUCCGACAGUCACUGUCUCAGGCACUCAACCAGAAUGCUGAACUAAGGAGUCGGUUGAACAGAAUACAUUCAGAAUCUAUUAUUUGUGAUCAGGUUGUCAGUGUAAAUAUUAUUCCUAGCCCCGAUGAGGCUGGUGAGCAAAUCCAUGUCAAUCUCCCCCUGUCACAGCAAGUAGCCAAUGAGAGCCGCCUGUCCAUGUCAGAGUCUGUCUCUGAGUUCUUCGAUGCGCAAGAGGUACUCCUGUCUGCAAGCUCAUCAGAGAAUGAGGCUUCAGAUGAUGAGUCUUACAUCAGCGAUGUGAGUGAUAAUAUAUCUGAAGACAACACCAGUGUCGCAGACAACAUUUCUCGGCAAAUCUUGAAUGGGGAGCUUACGGGAGGGGCCUUCCGAAACGGACGUCGGACAUGCCUGCCAGCUCCCUGUCCGGACACCAGUAACAUUAACCUCUGGAAUAUCUUGAGGAACAACAUUGGUAAAGAUCUAUCUAAAGUCUCUAUGCCUGUGGAGCUAAACGAGCCACUGAACACUCUGCAGCAUCUCUGCGAGGAGAUUGAAUACAGUGAGCUUCUGGACAAGGCUUCAGAAACCGACGACCCCUAUGAGCGCAUGGUUCUUAUUGCUGCAUUUGCAGUUUCAGGAUAUUGCUCCACCUAUUUCAGAGCAGGAAGUAAGCCAUUCAACCCUGUCCUUGGGGAGACUUAUGAAUGCAUUAGAGAGGACAAAGGGUUCCGCUUCUUCUCAGAACAGGUUAGCCAUCAUCCACCCAUUUCUGCUUGUCACUGUGAAUCCAAGAAUUUUGUGUUUUGGCAAGAUAUCAGAUGGAAAAACAAGUUCUGGGGGAAGUCGAUGGAAAUCCUGCCUGUUGGAACACUGAAUGUCAUGCUUCCAAAGUAUGGAGAUUGCUAUGUGUGGAACAAAGUCACCACGUGCAUACACAACAUUCUCAGCGGGAGGAGAUGGAUAGAGCAUUAUGGAGAAGUAACCAUUAGAAAUACCAAAAGCAGUGUUUGCAUUUGCAAACUCACAUUUGUCAAGGUGAAUUACUGGAAUUCGAAUGUGAAUGAAGUCCAGGGGGUUGUGAUGGAUCAGGAGGGGAAGGUGGUACACCGGCUGUUUGGGAAGUGGCAUGAAGGGCUCUACUGCGGCGUGGCCCCCUCCGCAAAGUGCAUCUGGAGACCAGGUUCCAUGCCAACCAACUAUGAGCUCUACUAUGGCUUCACGAGGUUUGCUAUUGAGCUUAAUGAGUUAGACCCUGUACUAAAAGAUCUCCUUCCACCGACAGACGCCCGGUUUCGGCCAGACCAGAGAUUUUUGGAAGAAGGAAAUGUGGAAGCUGCAGCAGCAGAGAAGCAAAGAGUGGAGGAGCUCCAGAGAUCUCGAAGACGAUACAUGGAGGAAAACAACCUGGAACAUAGACCAAAAUUUUUUAAAAAAGUGAGUGAUGCCAAUCAAAGAGAAGCCUGGGUUUCUAACGACACCUACUGGGAGCUGCGAAAGGACCCUGGGUUUAGCAAAGUAGACAGCCCUGUUCUUUGGUAAACUGCGAAUGUUGAGCUAGCCAACAUAUCACGCUCUGAAUGAAUCAAUAACUAUGCACAAGUAUGUUUCUUAGAGCUGCGCGUGGUUUCCGGGUCGACUGAGAACCGACCAUUUGCUUUUCUAUCCAUCUUUAUAAUGGACUUUCAGAAGUGCAUUAGACAAGGCCCCUAACCACUCUUGGAUCCUUUCUGUUUUGCUGCAACCAUGUUCCUUAAAAAACAUCCACACCCUCCUCGAAAAGAAGGAAAAAAGGAGCAGAAUAUAAAAUCCAAAGUCUGAAGAGUUUGUAAAGAAAAACAAACUGUAACUGGUGCUUAAAGCUGAUCCAGAGAGUUUAAAGCAACACGACAUAUAAACCACGCUUUUGGUCCUUUUUCUGGAAGCGCCACUCCCUCAUCUUAAGAGCUCCUGGGCCACGGCAGCCGGUCAGCUCAUACUGAGUGUCCGUUCGAUGUGGUGGACUUGUGCUGGCCUUGUCAAAACAGCCGUGAUGCUUCUCAGAACUUGUUCCAUCUGUACGCCAUUAUUCAUGCCUUAAGAAAUGCAAAGAUGUACAAUAAAUCAUUUUUUAAAUGUAUGCUCAUAGGUUUUUGUGAAGGACAGGUCUUUUGAAUCAUGGCAUGAUUCACUUUCUGGGAUCAGAACAAUUAUGAGACUAACUUAAAUGGAUUUUAAAAAGUAAACAACACAUGCUUUACUUUGAUACAUGGGUUACCGUAUUGGAUACUGAAGGGCAAGAAGGAAAAGGUGUGCUGAAGUAGAUCUCUGUGUUCAUAUUGCUCGUCAGUUCCUGUCCUACGUCCAGAUAAUAAACCAUCCCUCUUCCACCCAGCCUCACAGUGUGCCCUAUUAUUUGGCAAUAUCUGUAUUUGAUUUGAACACUUGGCAUCAGUGUUAAAACCUUGGAACGAAAUAAAAAGCAUAUGGAAUUUC